CGUAAGAUAUUCCACCAAAGUACUGGAGGGCGUGCUCUUGUUGUUUUUGUUUGGACUGCUGCUAGAAUUUCGCAUCGAAGAAAACACUCGCACACACAUACCACCUGUUUGUUUAUUACCAACACACAGACAGACGGACAGAUAGGACAGAGGAGCGGAGCCCGUGGAGCCACAAAUAGUUUGGGAAUUGCGAGUGUGCGCCCCCAUGAGUAGUAAUCGCAUCGUAGUUUUCCGCAGUCGCCCCCGACAGUCCUCCAGUCGCGUGUCGCACACAUUCGAUCAUUUAUUUAUGGCUUCAAAUGCGCAGCUCGGAAAAAUCAUUUUGAUAACCGCAAUCGCCGUGCUUUUCUACUAUUUCUUUUGGGUGGCGGUGCUGCCGUUUAUGCUCAUCGAUGAAGGCAAUCCCAUACGGCUGUUCUUUCCGCCUCUAAAGUACGCAUUCAUAGUGCCGAGUAUAUUCGGGGUCAUCUUCCUCGGCGGCAUUGCCGCGUUCUCCUUCUACCACAUUUGGAGCCUAAAGGUGAAGCGUGAUUAGAGCAGCAGCAGCAGCAGCGAGCCGUAGAGGU